CCCCUAAUGUUGUUGUCAGGCGGGGGAGCGGUCCCCGGGCCCCCCGGAGGAGGUGGAGGAGGAGGUGGAGGUGGGAAUAGCCGUGUGGAGCUGCUGGUGUUCGGCUAUGCCUGCAAGCUGUUUCGAGAUGAUGAGAAGGCUCAGUACCAGGAGCAGGGGCGACACCUUAUUCCUUGGAUGGGAGACCCCAAGAUCAUGAUCGAUAGGUAUGAUGGGCGUGGUCACCUACAUGACCUUUCUGAAUAUGAUGCUGAGUAUUCCACGUGGAACCGAGAUUAUCAACUGUCUGAAGAGGAGGCUAGAAUAGAAGCCCUCUGUGAUGAAGAGAGGUAUUUAGCCUUGCAUACGGACUUGCUUGAGGAGGAGGCGAGGCAAGAGGAGGAAUAUAAAAGGCUGAGUGAAGCUUUGGCAGAGGAUGGUACCUAUAAUGCAGUGGGAUUCCGUUAUGGCAGUGAUUAUUAUGACCCUUCAGAACCCACUGAGGAGGAGGAGCAUCAGCCUGCAAAACAAAGAGAAGCAGCUCAGUCAGAAAAUGUAGAAGAAAACGAAGAACCUUUUGUUGCCCCUCCAGGACUCAAUGUACCUUCUGAUGUGGAACUGCCACCAACAGCAAAAAUGCAUGCUAUUAUAGAACGAACUGCAAACUUUGUCUGCAAGCAGGGAGCACAGUUUGAGAUUAUGCUAAAAGCCAAGCAAGCACGGAACUCCCAGUUUGACUUCUUGCGAUUUGAUCACUACCUCAAUCCUUACUACAAAUUCAUUCAGAAGGCUAUGAAAGAGGGACGAUACGCGGCUCCUUCUGAAAAUAAAGCGGACGAGAAAAAGCACUCAAGAGUCAAAUCAGAGGAAGAAGAUGAUGAUGAUGAUGAUGACGAUGGAAAUUAUCUGCAUCCGAGUCUCUUUGCAUCUAAAAAAUGCAGUAGGCUUGAAGAGCUCAUGAAGCCUUUGAAGGUAGUAGACCCUGAUCAUCCACUUGCAGCACUGGUGCGCAAAGCGCAAUCAGAUAAUAACUCAUCUGCACCACAGUCAACAGACGGGGCAGCUGUACAGACAUCGCAAGCAGAAUAUUCUGAUUCAACUGUGGCAGCCAUGUAUUAUAGUUACUAUAUGCUACCUGAUGGAACCUAUUGCCUUGCGCCUCCGCCUCCAGGAAUAGAUGUUGCCACCUACUACAGUGCGUUGCCUGCAGGGGUAACUGUAUCAAGCACUACAGGGGUAGCAACAGUACCUCCACCGCCUGGUACUACACCUCCACCUCCCCCAGACACAACUGAGAGCAGCAGUGCGUUGACUUCUACCACAACAUCUACAAGCACAAUUGCUCCAGUGGUUGCCAUUAUACCUCCACCUCCAGAUAUCCAACCUGUUAUUGAUAAGCUAGCUGAGUAUGUUGCUAGAAAUGGGAUAAAAUUUGAAACCAGUGUUCGUGCCAAGAAUGAUCUCAGAUUUGAGUUCCUGCAACCAUGGCACCAGUAUAAUGCUUAUUAUGAAUUUAAAAAACAAUUCUUCCUUCAAAAAGAGAGCAGUGACAACUGUCAGGGAGUAUCUUCAUCUGAAGAUGUUCCAGCAGAUACCGCUGGUGAUACACCAAGUGAGACUCAAUUUGCAGAAGAACAUGCACCUGAAGACACAUCUGAGCCAAGUGCUAAGGGAGUUCCAGGAACUAAAAAGGAUGUUCCUCCUUCUAAAACUGUCAGUGAUGGUAAAUUGGUGAAAGCAUCGUUUGCUCCAAUAAGCUUUGCAAUCAAGGCCAAAGAAAAUGACCUUCUUCCCUUGGAGAAAAACCGCGUUAAAUUAGAUGAUGAUAGUGAUGAGGAGGAAGAAGAGGGCAAGGAAGGCCAGGAGAAUGCUAGUAGUGCUUCAAACCAUACUCCAGCUGUUACCACUCCUUCUACUGCUGCUGAAGAGAAAAAACCUCAACUUACACAGGAGGAGUUGGAAGCUAAACAAGCAAAGCAGAAACUAGAGGAUAGAUUAGCAGCUGCAGCAAGAGAGAAGCUUGCACAGGCCUCCAAAGAAUCAAAAGAAAAGCAGCUACAAGCAGAGCGCAAAAGGAAAGCUGCACUGUUCUUGCAGACCCUGAAAAACCCACUGGCAGAGGCAGAAACUGAAAAAAUUGAAGAGAAUUCCUUCAAUAAUGAGAGUGUCAAUAGUAUACCAUGUCCUGUGACUGCAGUCAGAACUUUACCCACCUUAGAAGUUAAACAAGCAGAAAGGCCGUCAAGCAAAAGCAAAGAUCCUCCUAGGGACGAAGAAAAAGAAAAGAAAAGGAAAAAACACAAGAAAAGAUCUCGGACAAGAUCUCGAUCACCAUUCAAGUAUCAUUCAUCAUCUAAGUCCAGAUCUAGAUCACAUUCAAAAGCAAAGCACUCGCUUCCCACUGCCUAUAGAACUGUCAGGCAUUCAAGGUCACGGUCAAGGUCACCAAGGAGAAGGGCUCACACACCAGAAAGGCGGAGAGAUGAAAGAAGUGUUCCAACAGCGUAUCGCAUCAGUAAUAGUCCUGGAAAUAGUAGGAAAUGCCCACGUUCCAAAAGUCCCCAUGAAAAGAAGAAGAAGAGACGGUCUAGAUCACGUACCAAGUCCAAAGCUAGGUCUCCUUCACCAUCCAUGUCACCAGGCAAACCAUCCACACACAAAAAUUCUGUACAUUCAACUAGUGUCUCUCCUGUGGAGAGCAGGGAAUCCAGCCAGGAACGCUCCAGGGGAGUUUCUCAGGAAAAAGAUGGCCAAAUCUCUUCAGCAAUUGUGUCUUCAGUGCAGAGUAAAAUCACUCAGGAUCUUAUGGCCAAAGUGAGAGCAAUGCUUGCAGCUUCCAAAAACAUACAAACUAGUGCCUCCUGAGACCUGUUGAACUGACCAUCGAGAAAUUGUGUGAAAAGGAAUAAUAUAAAAAAAACUGCCUCAUCUCAAAUGUACAGCUGAGCUUAGCUCACUUGGUUCACAACUCGUCUAAUAUUACCAGAACUCGAGGAGCUAAAACCUAUCUUUCUGUACAGAAGCGUCUCCUUGAAAUUUCAUUAAACUUUUUCAGCCAGAAUAUCUUUGCAGGUUUUUGGUUUUUGUAAAUUGAUUUUUUGACUAAUUCUUCAGUAACAUUUUAUGAUCAGCAUUAUAUGUGUAUAUUUGUAAAUACCAUGUUUCUGUGAAAGAAGUAUUACGCAAUAAUAAAGAAGGAAACAUCUUUCAUUAGC